CAGGAAGUCAUUAUGUGACUAACACAUUUUCAUCAGAUUUCCUCCGAUUUACCCUGAAGUGUAUGUAAGAAUGAUGUGCACUGCCAAGAAAUGUGGAAUUAGGUUCCAGCCUCCAGCUAUUAUCUUAAUCUAUGAGAAUGAAAUGAAGGGGAAAAGUCGCCAACGCAUCAUGCCAGUCCGAAACUUUUCGAAGUUUUCAGAUUGCAACAAAGCUGCUGAACAAUUAAAGAAUAAUCCACGACACAAGAAUUACCUGGAACAAGUGUCCCUGAGGCAGCUAGAGAAGUUAUUCAGUUUUUUACGAGGUUACUUGUGGGGGCAGAGUUUGGCAGAAACAAUGGAACAAAUUCAACGGGAAACAACAAUUGAUCCUGAGGAAGACCUGAACAAACUAGAUGAUAAGGAACUUGCUAAGAGAAAGAGCAUCAUGGAUGAACUUUUUGAGAAAAAUCAAAAGAAGAAGGAUGAUCCGAAUUUCGUUUAUGACAUCGAAGUUGAGUUCCCACAGGACGAACAACUGCAGUCUUGUGGCUGGGACACAGAGUCAGCUGACGAGUUCUGAUAUCAAAAACUCAAAGAAUGGAUUGGGCUAGCAGAAAAUCCAUGUCUAUACAAAGGAUGUAUGAACAUGGUUCUAGAAAAAUCUGUAAAGAACACUAAAUGUACAUGUUGGGUCAAGUUUGGAUUGACCAGGUUACUUUUCAAAACCAGGACAUGUAGAGUAUCUACUAUGUAGAUGCAUGAGGAAGAUACGAAAACCAAAAUAUAGGAGUCUGCCUUUAAGGAGCUUACAAUCUAAUUGGAAGAUAACUCAAAAGCUUGUGAAAAGCUAAUUAACAGAAUUAGGCAGCAAAAAGAUUAAAGCCAGAUGCUUGAUAAAAGUUAAAGAGGAUCAGAGCCUAGAUGAACAUAGGGUUAGAAUAGUCAGGGAAGACUUUGUCCUUUAGUAGAGAGAUGGGACUUUGCCUGACCCUCAAAAUGGUAGUGUUUGGAAAG